CUGUUUCUUUUGAAAUGUUCACAUUUAAAGUAAAGUAUGGGAUGUAUUGGCCGGUUAUCUUGAACCUGUUUACACGAACUUUGAGUCAACACAGCUACGUACAUGUAUUUAUAGACUGUAAUAUAUGAUCUAUGUAUAUACGGUAUGGUGGUAUCAAUAUUAACAAGUACUGACAUGUAUUUCGACAUGCAAUGCAGUUAAGAUGUGAAUAUAUCGAUAUAGACGUGUAGCAUGUAUUGAGAAGUUUAACACUUACCGAAAGCAUCAAGGGAAUAUCAAGGGAUUACCACAGGAGCAAAAUCACCAAUAUGGCACUACUAAAUGUGGUACAGCUCACCGACAACAUAGCCUACAUAAUAGGAAUACUUUUCCUCGCUGUCGUCAUCAACAUUUGUUGGCAGAUAGUUCAACUAAGCAUAAAGAAACGUCAAGAUGACAUAUCGUUAAAGGACUUCAGUGGCCCCAAACCUCAUUGGCUGAUGGGGAACCUGAAAGAUACCACAGUUGACACAAUGCUGGAGAGACAAACAGAAUGGGCAAAGAUUUAUGGAGGAGCUCACAAAAUUCUUGUCGGUCCAUGGAUGUCAGUGCUCCGUCUUGCAAUGCCUGACACACUGCAAAAGGUCAUUUCAACAGCAGAACCAAAAGAUCCGAUGACAUAUAAUUUCAUCAAACCUUGGAUUGGCGAUGGUCUUUUGAUUAGUGGUGGGAAGAAAUGGUUCAGAAAUAGACGGCUUUUAACACCAGCUUUCCACUUCGAUAUUCUUAAACCAUACGUUCGGAUUUUUAGUCAGUCAUCAAUAAUCAUGGUGGAAAAAUGGAAGCAACUUAUCGGGUCUGAUGGUGUCAGAUCCAUCGAUAUGUUUGAACAUGUCAGUCUCCAUACAUUGGACAGUAUACUAAAGUGUGCCUUUGGAUAUGAGAGCAACUGCCAACAAGAUGGGCGGAACAACCCUUAUAUCAAAUACAUAUAUGAGCUUUCGGAACUGGUUACCCAAAGAUUCAGAUUUCCUCCUUACCACAGCGAUUUAAUAUACUACCUAUCUCCAGCGGGUUACAGAUUCAGACGGGCUACCCGAUUUGCGCGAGCUUUCACCCAAGACGUUGUUAGGAAACGAAGGGAGCAUCUUAAAAACAAGCAAGAUGCAAAUGAAAAUGGAGUCAAGAGAAAGUAUUUAGACUUCUUGGAUAUCCUGUUGGUCACAAAGGACGAAGAUGGCAAUGGUUUAUCAGACCAGGAAAUCCAAGACGAGGUUGACACAUUUAUGUUCGAAGGGCAUGACACAACAGCAAGUGGUAUAUCCUGGUGUUUAUACAAUCUUGCAAACAAUCCUGAGUGCCAGGACAAAUGUAGACAAGAGGCGUAUGAAGUUAUUGGCGAUAGAGAACAUUUUUCUUGGGAGGAUAUGCCAAAACUUAACUACAUACACAUGUGCAUAAAGGAGAGUCUGCGUACACACCCUCCUGUCGCCAACAUUGUACGAAAAACUACUAAACCAGUCACAUUUCCUGAUGGUAGAAAGGCCCCUGAAGAUACGCGCAUGGGUCUAGGAAUCUAUGCAGUACACCACAAUCCAGCUGUCUGGCCAGAUCCAGAGAAGUAUGAUCCAGAACGCUUCUCCCCUGAUAAUUCAAAGAAUAGACCACCACACGCAUACAUUCCAUUUUCGGCUGGACCAAGAAACUGCAUUGGCCAAAAUUUCGCCAUGAAUGAAAUGAAGACAUGCAUUGCAAAUGUAGUAAGGAACUUCAAAUUGGAGGUUGACACAACAAAACGUGUGUCAAAGCUACCGGAAAUUAUUCUAAGAUCAAAAGGUGGAUUGUGGUUGAACGUUACGCCCGUUUGAUUUGACAUAGAAAGUAAUAUUGUGUACAGACUGUGUCCAAUCAAAUUAAAUGUAAGACUAAAAUAUCUAGUGAGACAUUUCAAUAUUUGAAUAUUAAAAGGAUGUCAUCUUUUAAUUCAUACGUUUUUUCGAAAAUGUCUCAAAAAACUUUUUAAGACAAGAAAAAUCAAGAAAAACGAAAUGUUCUACUCAUAUAAUGGAUAAUCAAAACUAUUUUCAAAUGUUUAUGUAAUGUUUCAUAAAUGAUCCGUGAUGUAUGUAACAUGUAACUAUUUUUAAAAUAUAUCCUUGAUGAAAUGCAGCUCGUUAGUAAGAUCGAUGCACUCGUGUCACUCAGUGUGCAAGCCACACAUACUUGUUGACAUUAACAACUGGAUUCACAUCGUGAAUAUACUGUGUAAAAAUAAAUACAUGUCAAUAAAUUAUAUCUUUAAUACAAACAAUACUUAAAAGAAAAUGCACGGCGAGUCUGCCGACGCCCUUGUCUCUUGACAUGUCCUCCCCUAAAUUGCCGCGAAGUCAACAAUGUUCGAUUCUAACAGUUGGUUGUUGGAUUUUCUCAAUAAAGAUUAUAUCUAAGGUAUGUACGAUAUUAUAUAAGCAAUUAUAACGGGACAUCACUGAUUGUCCGGGAGAUAAACCUAUGGCAUAAUGCAUCUUCAAGUUUAUGUGUUGGUUUUAUGUACACGGAGAAAGUUUCCUUUUACAAAUAAAAAGCUUAUAACAGUGUUUUCAGGAAGAGGGGCAAUUAUGACUUUUUUAAUGAGGGGAAAACGUUACAAUACGUUUCCUUCCAUGAAAUAAACGUAAAACCUUUUUGAAAACGACCCUAAAGCAUAAUGACCUUAUGGGAAACUACUAUAAUUGGAAAACCACUAUUAAAAUGUUCAAUUUUGACCUUUUAUACUUUAUGGCAAAACCUCAACAACAGAAUAAUUUAUUUAAUAAUCAAUUUUGUCCUCGGUCAUAGUUUGUUUUUCCACAACCGAAAGAAAGAAAUCGAGGAUAUUUUUGAAGAAAAUGACUGACUUCCCAACGAUAAUUGGAUUCACUUUAUUGUAGUAUCUCUAUUACUAGAGUAUCCAUCCACCUUAGAAAGAAGGCAGAAGGAUUUGAUCCGAUUUUUCAGAAAUUUAACCUUUUGAACUACAUAUACAGGGUGGGCCAAAAAAAUUUGCAACCUUUUUAGAAGGCAAAAAAAGUAUUAUAACAUUAUGGUAUUGACAUC